CGCCGCUGCAGAAACGGAGUGAACGGCGAUUGAACGACACACUUUCGGAGAGAGAGAGAGAGAGAGAGAGAGAAGCACCACUGCCUCUCCUCCGCUCGAAUAGCCUACAUAUCUUGAGGCCUGGUUCCUAGUGCUCUCUGGACAGAAAACGCAUUACACCGCGGCAUUUUUUUUUUUACAUAGAAUAACUAGGCUACUCUACGGAUACAUCCAAUAUAAAUUCACUUGAAGAGGGAUUUAUUUUGGGCGCACAACCCCCGCGAAUAAACGGAAGAUGGCAGUGACUACCUGUACACGUUUUACAGACGAUUUCCAACUAUAUGAAGAACUCGGAAAGGGAGCGUUUUCAGUGGUGCGCCGCUGUGUCAAACUUUGCACCGGCCAGGAAUAUGCUGCCAAAAUCAUCAAUACCAAAAAGCUCUCAGCCAGAGAUCACCAGAAGCUGGAGAGGGAAGCCAGGAUCUGCAGAUUGCUCAAACACUCCAACAUCGUUCGUCUCCAUGACAGCAUAUCAGAGGAGGGCUUUCACUACCUUCUGUUUGACUUUCACUGCAUCCAGCAGAUCCUGGAGGCUGUGUUACACUGUCACCAGUCGGGCGUGGUACACAGAGAUCUAAAGCCAGAGAACCUCCUGCUGGCCAGUAAAUGUAAGAAUGCUGCAGUGAAGCUGGCUGACUUUGGAUUGGCCAUCGAGGUGCAGGGAGACCAACAGGCAUGGUUCGGUUUUGCAGGUACCCCAGGCUACCUAUCUCCAGAGGUACUGAGGAAGGAGGCUUAUGGUAAACCUGUAGACAUCUGGGCUUGUGGUGUGAUCUUGUACAUCCUGCUAGUGGGGUAUCCUCCAUUUUGGGAUGAGGACCAACAAACUCUAUCAGCAAUUAAAGCAGGAGCUUAUGACUUUCCGUCUCCUGAAUGGGACUCAGUGACUCCGAAGCAGAACCUGAUUAACCAGAUGUUGACCAUUAACCCUGCCAAGAGGAUCACUGCCCAGGAGGCCUCACACCCAUGGGUCUCCCAACGCUCCACCGUGGCGUCCAUGAUGCACAGACAGGAGACAGUGGAGUGCCUGAAGAAGUUCAACGCCAGGAGGAAACUCAAGGGAGCCGUCCUGACUGCUAUGCUGGUGACGAGGAAUUUCUCUGCCAAGAGUCUCCUCAACAAGAAGGCUGACGUCAAGCCUAACAGCACGAGAAACAGCACAGUCACCAGCCCCAAAGGAACCCCCUCUGCUGCACUGGAGCCUCAGACCACUGUUAUCCAUGUGGAUAGGAACAAGGAUUCAUCUGACAGCAACACCACUAUUGAGGAUGAGGAUGUGAAACUGCGAAAACAGGAGAUUAUCAAGAUCACUGAGCAGCUGAUUGAAGCUGUCAACAAUGGAGACUUUGAGGCCUAUGCGAAGAUCUGUGACCCAUGUCUGACGUCAUUUGAGCCAGAGGCCCUGGGGAACCUGGUGGAGGGCAUGGACUUCCACCGGUUCUACUUCGACAACCUCCUGUCUAAGAACAGUAAGCCCAUCCAUACCACCAUCCUCAACCCUCACGUCCACCUGAUUGGUGAAGACGCCGCCUGCAUCGCCUAUAUACGCCUCACGCAAUUCGUCGACGGCACUGGCCGCCCAUGCUCCAGCCAAUCAGAGGAGACGAGGGUGUGGCAUCGCCGAGAGAGCAAGUGGCAGAAUGUUCACUUCCACUGCUCUGGAGCACCGGCCGCACCGCUGCAGCAGUGAACUGGUACACACACACACCAGCACGCACUCACUCUUACUAACACACACACUCAUUCAU